AUGUUUGCCGCCGCGCACACAGGUGAGGGCGCCUUCAUCAACCUGACGGCGCUGGGCCGGUCGGCGUCGCUGCCGCUCUCCCUGGACGACGACUCGCCCUACCUGAGGGACCUCUACUGGCCGCACAACGAAUCCUGGCAGAUCGCCGGCUUCGACGACGCCGAGGAGGGACACCUGAUCGGUGACUUCCUGGCGGAGCCGCAGACGACGCCGCGGGCCUCCUCCAGACAGCCUUCCGGCCCGCCAGAGCCGGAGUUCGACGCUGGGCAGGUGACCAACGUGACGGCGCUGCUGGGUGCCACCGCCUACCUACACUGCCGCGUCAGGAACCUGGGCGAGCACGCCGUGUCGUGGGUGAGGCGGCGCGACUGGCACAUCCUCUCGUCCGGCCUGUACACCUACACCAACGACGAACGCUUCCAGGUGAGCAGUUUCAACAACCGCCAGGACUGGACGCUGCACAUCAAAUACGUCCAGAAGAGGGACAACGGCACCUACGAGUGUCAGGUGGCUACGGACAAGGGUCUGAUGUCGCACUACUUCAACUUGCACGUGGUGGUGCCCACGGCGUUUAUACUGGGCAACGGCGAGUACCACAUCGGCGAGGGCAGCACCAUCUCUCUCGUCUGCAUCAUCGAGAAUAGCGAGCCUGCGUCGCGGCCGGUGCAGUGGUGGCACAACGACCGGCCGGUGGGCGGCGCCGGGCCGCGGGGCGUCUCCGUCAUCACGGAGCCGGGCCCGCGCACCCACUCCAGGCUGGUCGUGUCCAGCGCCACGCGCGCCCACUCUGGCAACUACACGUGCGCCGCGCCGGACACCGAGCCCGACACCAUCAACGUGUACGUCUCUCAAGAAUUUUUCAACGAGAUAGCAGCCAUGGGUAUGGGUUAUAUAUCACAGCUGAAUCCUACAACUUUUAAAGCAGGGCCAUCAUGGAUGCUUAUUGUAAUUACCAAUGACGAUGAUGAUGUGUAG